ACGAAUAUUCCUUGUAAUUUGCAUUACCGCGGAUCAUCCGGAGUGGUGAAUCCAGGAACAAGAAGAGUUUCGUCAAGUCUCGUAUCAGGAAUACGGAUCAGAGUCUUCGUCGGUCCCUCGUUGUCCCUCGUUUAUUCAUUGUGGAUGAAAAUGGCGUCCUUGGCGGGUGUCCGGCUGUUGGCGAGGAACACCGGUUGCUUCAGAAACUCAUUCAGUCGGUUGCGAUGCAUGAGUGGUGCACUCGUUCAGAUUCGAUGUGAGCAGAGGUUGUUGCAUCGUGCCGCGUGGACGACGCUUGUCGUACCGCAGGGCUUAAGGGACACACGCAUCAAGCAGGUGCGCCAUUACAGUCAUAAGGAUCCACUAACCCUUGAUAUUAUCAAUCAGCGGGUGCUCUUGGUUCUGAAACUUUAUGACAAAAUUGAACCCACAAAGCUGUCCUUGGAUUCGCAUUUUAUGGACGACCUGGGUCUGGAUUCCCUGGAUCACGUGGAGAUUAUAAUGGCGAUGGAGGACGAAUUUGGCUUCGAGAUUCCAGACAUGGACGCUGAGAGGCUACUGAAGCCUAAGGAUAUAGUGCGUUACGUAGCGGACAAGGAGGAUAUAUAUGAAUAACACGCCUUGUAUUAUGUCUACGCGCUUAGUCAACAUCCGCCGUUGUUUCGAUUGGAAAUAAUGGAUCACAGCGUUUUACUCUGCCAUUGUUUUUUUCUGUAUAUAGACCUCUUAUCAUUAUAUGAAUAAAAAAUAAGCAAAUUGUUACAUCAAAUUUUUCUUAUGUGCAUCCUAAAAAAUUGUAAGAAGCGUACAGAGAGCGUUUAUAAAUUCCACAGUUUAGUAUCGAAA